AUAAUUUUGCACUUUUGGGGCAAGAAGCAAUUUUAGGCAUGGCUGGUGAUGAGGAUAAUAAUAAUCUACAAGUGCUUAAUGCACUUGAUGUGGCAAAGACUCAACUCUACCAUUUCACAGCAAUUAUUAUUGCUGGAAUGGGAUUCUUCACUGAUGCCUAUGAUCUCUUCAGCAUUUCCCUUGUCACAAAAUUACUAGGGCGUUUAUACUACACUAAACCCGAUCUCUUGAAGCCUGGAACACUCCCUCCGACCGUCUCAUCGUCAGUCACGGGAGUCGCCCUGGUCGGCACCCUAGCCGGUCAGCUUUUCUUCGGUUGGCUUGGAGACAAAAUGGGCCGAAAAAAAGUCUAUGGGAUGACCUUGGUUCUCAUGGUUGUGUGUUCUAUUGCUUCAGGACUCUCCUUUGGAAAUACUCCUAAGGGUGUUAUGGCCACACUCUGUUUCUUCAGAUUUUGGCUUGGAUUUGGCAUUGGUGGGGAUUACCCUUUAUCCGCCACCAUUAUGUCCGAAUAUGCAAACAAGAAGACACGUGGCGCCUUCAUAGCUGCCGUGUUCGCCAUGCAAGGCUUUGGAAUUUUGUUUAGUGGGAUCAUUGCACUUAUUGUGUCGGCUGGAUUUGAUCAUGCUUAUAAGGCCCCAACUUUUGCUGAAAAUGCAGCUUUGUCCACCGUGCCACAAUCCGACUUCAUUUGGCGUAUAAUUCUCAUGUUCGGGGCAUUACCAGCUGGCCUCACUUACUAUUGGCGCAUGAAGAUGCCCGAAACAGCCCGUUACACGGCUCUCGUAGCAAAAGAUGCAAAAAAAGCCGCACGAGACAUGGGUAGGGUACUACAAGUUGAAAUUGAUCCUGAGGAUGCAAAAAUCGAACAAAUGUCUAGGGACGAAACUAAUAAAUUUGGUCUAUUUUCUAUGGAAUUCGUUCGUCGCCACGGGAUGCACCUAUUUGGAACCUGUUCUACAUGGUUUUUGUUGGACAUUGCUUUCUACAGCCAAAAUCUAUUCCAAAAAGAUGUGUUCUCAGCAAUUGGAUGGAUCCCUCCGGCCGCAACAAUGAAUGCUGUUCAGGAAGUUUACAAAAUAUCAAGAGCACAAACCUUGAUUGCGCUAUGUAGUACAGUGCCAGGGUACUGGUUCACCGUGGCGUUCAUUGAUAUAAUUGGAAGGUUCGCAAUCCAAUUGAUCGGAUUCUUCUUCAUGACUGUCUUCAUGUUUGCCAUCGCCCUUCCCUACCAUCAUUGGACAUUGAAGGAGAACCAUAUCGGGUUCGUGGUCAUGUACUCCCUCACAUUCUUUUUCGCGAACUUUGGGCCUAACGCAACCACAUUUGUGGUCCCAGCUGAGAUUUUCCCUGCCAGGCUUCGAUCAACUUGUCAUGGGAUUUCUGCAGCUGCAGGUAAAGCUGGAGCUAUAGUGGGGGUAUACGGGUUCCUGUACGCUGCACAAAAUAAAGAUCCAACGAAAACCGAUGCAGGAUACCCAGCUGGUAUCGGCAUAAAGAACUCUCUCAUUGUUUUAGGGUGUAUCAAUGCUCUUGGAAUGAUUUGUACAUUUUGUGUGCCAGAGCCAAAAGGAAAAUCCCUGGAGGAAGCAUCCCAAGAAACUAUAUCUGGAGAAACAGGAGGUGAUUAAUUGGCUGAAAAUCACUUGUGUUUUGUUUUCCUUUCUUUUCUAUGUAUUUGUUGCUUUACUUUCCACUUUCUUUGUAUUGCCUAAGCUCGUUUGGUGUAAUUUUUAAAUUCUAUUUUUUGUGACCAAGUGUGUAAUUGUAAUUAUUUCACUUCAAUGUGAGGUGAAAAUGGUUUUGCUCUUUAUUUAUAUUACCAAAAUUUGUUUGUAA